GUUGGCAGAAAGCCUCUGGUAGGCGCUCCAACAGAUAAAACCCAGGCUCAAGUGUUGCCACGUUUUAACUAGUAACUGAUACCUGGAGGAAUGGUAGACGAAGCCAUACACCCACCUGGGGUUUUCAAGGGGCUGAAGGAGUCAGAUGUGCAGAUCCUCAUGAUGACAACAGAUUGGGUUGAUGUUGCCAAUGAUCUCUUAAGGAACUGUCACAUAAACCAGCACAUAAAGCAUCUCUCAGAAUGUGGUGCUGAUGUGUUUGUUCAUCUUUAUGAGUCAAUCUUAGGAGAAAAAGUACCAGAUUUCAUAGCUACUCCUAGAAGCCAAGAGGAUGAUGCACAUAAUGUGCAAGCAGUAAUAGAUUCCCUGGCAUUGGACUACUUGCAGGUCAGCUUGUCGCACAUCACUGGUGAGAACAUUGUGAAAGGAGAAAGGGAAUCUAUCAGAAACCUCCUUGAAAUAUUUGAUGGUUUGUUAGAGUAUCUUACAGAAGAAGUCAGUGAAUUUUCUUCUCAGAAUGGAGAUGAGGCAAAUGUGCUAUCCAAUAAUGAAAUUCAAAUUGUGUCUCAAGAGCAGCUGGAAAGCAAUGCUGGUCAACUUAAGCAACCUUCAAUAUUCUCAUCUGGUGAAGGGUCCCAGUCAGAAUUUUUUGUUCCAUCUUGUGAUGUAGAUGGAUCAGAAUCUACCAGUGAAUUAAUUAGACUUGGGGAUACUGCUCAUUCAUUUUCCAAGAGAGAAGAAGAAUUCCAGUUGCCUAAAUUGUUACCAGCAGAGAAGGACAAAGGGGUGGAAGGUUUGAAAAACUUAGAGGCUGUUGCAACAUUACUUAGACAAUUCCCUAAAACUGAAAGCGCCACUGUAAAGGAAAAGGAAGACGGAUCAGUGGAGUCUGUUCAUACUACUGAACCUCAAAAAGAGAGUUUGAGUGCCAGUGCUACAAAACUUGGGGAGCCUAUACAGCAAGCUAUUCCUUUGCUACCACCAUUUCAGCCUUCAGAAGCCAGACCUUACUAUCCUGGAUGGAGAGAUUAUCAGAGCUCAACUAGCCAGUCAGCUGCUUUGGCUAGCAGUCAAGGAGUGAAAAUUCCUAUACUUGAAAAGUCACUUACACAAAACUCUGAAGAUGUUUCUGGUAGUCUUCCUCUAUCAAGGAAGAUCCCUGGGGAAGACAAGGUGCUGUCAAAUGAUGCCGAGGACAAUGUGGCAAAGGUUCCUUGGGUAUAUGGGACUCCUGCAUCUGCUUUUUCUUUACAUCAGGAAGUCCCACUAUGUGCUGAACAAAUACCACAAACUCCAAGACCUGAAUCUAGUUACCUGCCUAGAAACAAAAGCAGACAUGAAAAUUCUACCACAGAUUCACUUGAAGAGUCUCUUUCCCCCAGAACAACAAAGGAAAAGCUAUCUGAGCAAGAGCUUCAUAAAGUGUCAGAAAAACUCUCAUGCAGGUUAAAUGAACUAGAUUUAAUGUUAAAGAGAGCUUUGAGUGGGCACACCAGAGAAGAAGAGUUGACAGAUGAAGACAGCCUGUCUCAGCACAGUGACAGUGUCAUGGAUUAUCGGCGAAGGAAACCUGGGCGAGACACACCACAUCUAAGGUAUCCAAGCAGGCCACGCUCCCUUUCUCCAUCCUCACCCUCAUCUCAGCAUCAACCCUUUUCUGAGUUGGCAGAUAAACUUUGCAGUAAAGGAACAGGCCAAAUAAGGAAAAUACACAGCCAGUUGCAAAAAGAAAGGGAUGAAAGAACAAAAAUUUCAAAGAUGGUUGCUAAAGCUUAUGAAGAUGAACUAAAAAUUUAUGAAGCUAGGGAGAGGCUGAGGCUUUCCGAGCUUGGAGAAGUCAUCAGGGAUACGGAACAAGAAUACAAAGAAAACAACUUUAAAGAACCUCCAAAAAUGCCUCAGCCAGUGAAAGUUUAUUCUAGAAAAACCACACCUCGGAAUCCCAAAUACAGCCAGUGGAUUCCAAAACGAGGGACUGUGAAGCCAAAGAAAGCAGCUCCAAUGAAAGUAAGAGAUGAUGACCUCCUAUUUCAGCUACUGGAAGAGUUUCCCCACCUGCAUAUUUCCCACCAUACUAUGAAUAAAAUGUGGCAGCAGCAGCUUGCACAUACUGAACAACUUAAGGCAGCUUCUGGCAUAACUAGACCAAAACUCCAAAAUGAAGUUCAACAAGCCCUGAAGAAGCAUGAGCAACUCAUUGCAAUUAUUAAAAAAAAUCAAGACCAUAGCAAGAGACUGCAAGAAUUUAAGCAACGUAUCUGCCGACAGAAAUGGGCUCAGAAUAAAGUGAGAGAGAAACGCCAGCAGGUUGCUCGAGCCAGGAAAUAUUAUGAAGAUUACCGGGUUCAGUUGCGUGCCAAGAUGAUGCGGGCUAGGACACGAGAAGAAAGGAUAUUUAAAAACUUAUUUGAAGAAGGCUUAGAAAUUCAGAAGCAAAGACUGAAGGACCUGAGAGCGUACGCCCAAGAGAAGCGUGCUGAGCAAAGGAAAAAGCAUCAAAAUGAGCUGGAGUCUAUGGAGAACUAUUACAAAAAUCAGUUUUCCAUGCUAGCAGAAGCUUUAUCUCAAGAACACCAAGAAAUCCAAACCAGAGAGAAAGCACAAGCACAAAUGCUACAGAAAACAAAAAGAGAAUUGAGAUCAAGGAUGGAAAAGGAAAUACAGCAACUGCAAGCAGCAAUAAUGCAAAGUGAUGAUGAUAUCUUUUUUCAAGAACUAGAAGCAGACAGACUGAAAUCUAGACUUCAGAUGGCUUCCUUUCAGUAUAGUAAAAGCCAUUUCUUCUAAGACUUACGGAAGAUGGUUUAGCUUGGCUGAAUUUUGAGAGGAGACAGCUGUUUGCCAAUGCCAAGAUAAAGUCCUUGCCAGGAUGUGUACACCACUACACGACAGCCAAAAGUAAGGCCUUUUUGGUUUGACUAGAACAUGUAGCACAAUCCUUACUGUAUGUAACAGCAUGUAUAAAGACACCCAAGUUUUAAGUAUUUUCUCCAGAAACAAAGUUGAGUUACUUAAAAAUAUUACUGUUAAAGUAAAUAUUUAAUUAAGAAGAAGUUAAAACUUUUAAAACCAUUGCUGCUGUGACAGUGCAAACAGCAUACAAUUUAUUGCUCAACUUCUGCAUGGGUACAUACAUUAAGUACUUAAAAACCAUUUUAUACAGAUUUUUUUUUUUUUUUGUUAAAGCUCAUGUAACAGCUGGGUGAAAAUACAAUGAUACCAAUGCUAAAACACUCUGUAAUAAAUACAAUGGAAAAGAUAAACUAAGAACUGUCAGUU